GUGAAGAACAAGAUUCCAUUUCCAAUGAUAACAAGCCACAGGCGCGGCUUUCGUUUACCCUCAGAGUCAGAAUCGAAAGGGCGAUCCGGAUGUGCUGGGCGACUCAAGUACUUUUGGAUACCGGCGGUCAAAACUCAAAAAAUUACUUUACGUAUGAGUUUGACAUUUUCUUUGCCGCGGCUGCACUCAGCCUAACGCGGCUGCACUCAGCCUGUUAGAUUUUAUUAGCAAUAGCGAGUCCACUCUUCAGACAGCAAGCACGAUGCCGGACGAUCUUGACGAUCUCGACGCGUGGAUUUCAACGAGCUACGUUGUGGCGAAGCCGAGACCUCCGAACGCGGGCGCGCACAACAAUGCCGCUUCAUCGAAUCAAACAAGCUCAAGCACCCGCCAGAAGAACAAGGUAGUUUCAAACACUACAACUAGCUGUACAAGCAGCCGCACGCAGCUGGGAUCAUGUGCACCGCAAAGCCAGGGCGGCGCAACUUCUUCAUUACCGACGCGCGAAAGGGACGACAAAACCUCGAAAAAUACUCAACCUGGACGAGCAAGCGGGAAAAUAAUGAAAAAGUGUCGAGGCGGGGAUGGAGAGGGAGCGCGGGCCGACCUGCCCGCUCUGGCCGCGAGACAAGGAUCGCCGCUGGUUCUGGAAGAAGAAAAGUGCUCAAGCCGUUAUUUUUCUGCCGUAGACGGCGUAAAACGUGGGUCAGCGUUAGCCAACGGCGAGCUCUUGCGACCACGAAAGGGCUCAACAAGAAGCUUCGGCAACAUCCCGCCGGAAGAUGCCAGCACCGGCCUAAUAAACAAGCGUCUGAGGUCUUUGGUGGUCCGCGACCUGCCCUCAUCUGCGACAGAAAAGAGCGUACGGCGCUACAUUUUCCCCGGGCGAGAUGAAGUUGUGGAGCGUUGUGUGGUUCUGACGGAUGCAGACGGGUUCUGUCGCGGAACUGCCUACGUGUACUUUCCAGAUCACGACUCUGCAGCCAAGGCGCUUGAUGCAUAUCACGAACAGAGCCAAAUGCUCUCUUCCACAGCGUUGUGCAGCAACCACUCUCAAGAAGGCAAAGUUCAACAAAAUCUGCGGAGCUUCCCACGCCCCCGGGAACAACAUGAACCGGAAAAAACAGCGGACGACUGCCCGCCCGCGCUAUUGCUGCCUCACGCGCAGGCGUCCCGCAUUUUUUCCAAUUGUUCCGCAGAUGCGUUGAAAGCUUGGACGGGGGCAGAAGAUGACCACGACGAACUGAAAUCUGUGGCCGGCUCAAGGAGCAGACGCUGGGAACAAGCUGAUGUGAAUAUGAAUAUGGUCGUCCCGGCGGUGAAAUGGAACACGCGUCAGCCCGAGAGCGGCGCGGUGCAACGUAUUCGGCGACGAGAGCAGCUGAAGCUCAAGAAGCAGAAAGAAAAGGAGGAAAAAGAACUGCUGAAAAUAAGUAAAGGCACCGCAAGGCCGAAAGUGACUGACAAAAGGAACAAAAAGCGGCGACGCUUGGUGGGCGAUCUAGUGCAGAAAUCCGACUUCUCGCACCGCGCUCGCUUCACUCGGGUGUUCAAAAGCCCCGCUGGUGCUGUUGCGAGCAGAGGUGGAACAAUGCGGCUGCCAUUCCCGGCUCCUGUUGUACCCGAACUCGAGCGAACCCUGCAUAUUGGAGAUCUCGUGCAUGUUCGGACGGCGGUGCUCGAGGAACUUGUCAGCGAACAACAUCAAGACGAUGGCACUAGUACUACGAACGAGAACUGCAAUAUGGGCGUGUUGGACAGGAGGAAAGAAAGAAUUCAGUGUCUGAUUCGAAAAAAACUACUUGGUGGAAAGGGCUUGCAGUGGGAGUCCGACAGGUGGAGGAACCCGACACUGCAGAGACCCCCCGGUGAUACGACACACCCGGAAGAACGCGCACGGUGUUCUGCUUCUCCUGGCUCCACUUCUGAUCUUUGCGUUGACACAAAAAAACAUGAGAAUGCCACCUCACACCCACCUCUGGCUCUGGCGCCAGAAGGUUUGCCGGCUGCCACGAAUGACCACGAGCCGGGGUCGCCAUUCCCUGUUGACGAAGAGGAGCGAUAUGCCUGCGCGCAAAUACUUGACUGUCUGUUGUCUUCGAAAUGGAAAAAAUUCACUAGGGACGCCGAGACUUUCCGGGAGACCAACGAGCGGAAAAGAUCAACCCAGAUGAUUUCAGCACACGCCAUGAACAGACUGGGACCGCGAAGCAGGCACAAAAACAAGAAGAAGACAAGCAAGUGCACGCCGGCUUAUGUGCUGCACUGCGAUAAGGAAAAAGAUUGUGUGAAAAUCGGGUUUGUGCGGCCGCGCAACGAUUCCAAGGAAGACCUCACUCCAAUUGAACACAGGAAUGUUCUUCGCGUCGCAUUGCUGCCCUACUUUUCUCAAGAUAUUGUGCGAGCAGAUCAAGGCUGAGACUUGUAACCCUCGUAUGUGUAUUUCAUUGGCAGUAGAAGAGCGAAACAUUUGUAUUUAUUAGCAUGAUAUUCAAAGCGACUCAAGCGACAAGCAACAGUGAGGAAGUUUUGUGGUCGAAUAAGUUGCGGCACAAUCCUCGCACCGCACCAAAAAUCGCCCCGUGACAUAAGAAGCACGAAGAGGCAAGCAAGAGACGGCGAAAACGCAUGCUGCUUGUGCCACACCUGAAUGUGUACUUCGACUUGUUCACUCCGUCGAGUAAAAUAUGAACAUGAUGAUCCAAAAUUAAUUUUUCGAGUAGGAUUGGGUUUUGCUAUCGGCUUCCUGAAACGAAGCGGCAAAAUUUAUAGUCUACAGUCUACCCACCCCACAGGCGAACUGCAGCG